GAUUCCCCGCCCGCUCCCCUCCUUCCUGCCGGCCCCAAACACAGAUGAAGCACGCGGCGCGAAUCAAUGCCUAGCGUGGCCGAGCAGGCAGCCUGGCUCCCCCAGCGGCUCGCUGCCCGCGCUCGCCUCUCUCCGAGCCACAACACUUUCGGCGUGCUGCGCUGGGCGGGGGUGGCGUGGGGAACUCUCCGCUUAGCCUUAUUCUACCCCAGGAGGGGAAGUCUCCCGCCGCCGCCGCUGCCGCCACCAACACCUUCGGGGCUUGUGCAUAAGCGCGAGCAGGUUGACCCUGUGCCGGGAUGCCGGGCUGGAGGAAGAAUCUGACUCUGUGUCUGCAGAGGAUGCAGGAUGAAGAUGAUGGCCCUUACUCAAAAGGGAGCAAAGACUCAGGUGGACUGGACACAGCCCUGGUUUCAAGAAGGCAAAGUAUACCAGAAGAAUUCAGAGGAGUCACUAUUGUGGAACUGAUUAAAAAAGAAGGAAGCACCCUUGGCUUAACUAUAUCUGGUGGUACAGAUAAAGAUGGUAAACCAAGAGUUUCCAACCUGAGACCAGGAGGGCUGGCAGCAAGGAGCGACCAGCUAAACGUUGGUGACUACAUCAAGUCAGUGAAUGGGAUUAACCUGACGAAACUUCGCCAUGACGAAAUCAUAAGCCUGUUGAAGAACGUGGGGGAAAGGGUGGUGCUAGAGGUGGAAUACGAGCUGCCGCUAGCGGCCCCGGAUAAUAGUGCCGGCAUCAUUCCAAAGACCAUUGAAGUGACCCUGUACAAAGAAGGCAACAGUUUUGGAUUUGUACUACGAGGAGGAGCCCACGAAGAUUGGCACAAAUCCAGGCCAUUAGUACUGACAUAUGUUAGGCCAGGUGGUCCAGCAGACAGGGAAGGGUCUCUGAAAAUUGGGGACAGGCUGUUGAGUGUUGAUGGGAUUCCCCUUCACAGUGUGAGUCACGCUGACGCAUUGAACAUCCUUCGCCAGUGCAACCAAGAGGCACUUUUCCAGAUUGAGUAUGAUGUCACCAUAAUGGAUACAGUAGCCAAUGCUUCGGGUCCUUUGCUAGUGGAAAUUGCAAAGACUCCCGGCUCUGCACUAGGAAUCACACUAGCAACGAACACCCAUCGGAAUAAGCAGGUCAUAGUCAUUGACAAGAUCAAGCCAGCCAGUGUGGUAGACAGGUGUGGGGCCUUGCAUGUUGGCGAUCACAUCCUUUCCAUCGAUGGCACCAGCACUGAACAUUGCUCCUUGCUGGAGGCUACCCAACUGCUAGCUGCAACGUCAGAAAACGUCAAGUUGGAGAUACUACCUGCACACCAGAGUAGACUCCCCCUCAAGCCUCCAGACACGGUCAAAGUUCAGAAGAGCGACCACCACCAUUGCUGGGAUCCCUGCGUCAGCUAUUGCCACACUCACCAUCCAGGGCAUUGCAAGACACCCACCUGGAACCAGACAUCCAGCCAGGAUUACUGCAAAUCUCUUGUAGCUGCCAGCUUUGCAUCUCCCACGAUGAACACGUCUGCGUUCGCCUGCCAGAAUUCUAAUACUCUACCUCGAAGCAACCAUCCCAUGAGCCCACGGGCCACCAUGUUGAGGAGAAGACAAAGGAAGAAGGAGCACAAAAGCUCAUUGUCCUUAGCCUCUAGCACUGUGGGACCUGGAGGGCAGAUUGUUCAUACGGAAACAACCGAGGUGAUUCUAAGAGGAGACCCCUUGAAUGGCUUUGGACUGCAGCUGCAGGGAGGGAUCUUUGCUACUGAAACUCUCUCGUCUCCACCUCUCAUCCGAUUUAUUGAGCCUGACAGCCCAGCCGAGAGGUGUGGCCUCCUGCAAGUUGGAGAUAGGGUGCUUUCCAUCAACAGCAUUGCAACAGAAGAUGGGACAAUGGAAGAAGCCAACCAGCUCUUGCGGGAUGCAGCACUUACUAACAAGGUUGUGCUAGAGAUUGAAUUUGAUGUAGCAGAAUCGGUCAUUCCCAGCAGUGGUACCUUUCACGUGAAGCUACCCAAGAAAAGAGGUGUGGAACUUGGGAUUACUAUCAGCUCAAGCAGAAAGUCUGGGGAGCCUUUAAUUAUCUCUGAUAUCAAGAAGGGAAGUGUAGCACACAGGACUGGGACCUUAGAGCCCGGAGACAAGCUUUUAGCCAUUGAUAAUAUCCGACUCGACAAUUGCUCAAUGGAGGAUGCGGUGCAGAUCUUAAAGCAGUGUGAAGAACUUGUCAAAUUGAAGAUCAGGAAGGAUGAGGAUAAUUCUGAUGAGCAAGAAACAACUGGUGCUAUCAUCUACACAGUGGAGCUAAAGAGAUAUGGUGGACCCCUGGGAAUCACUAUUUCAGGGACUGAGGAGCCUUUUGACCCAAUUGUCAUUUCAGGAUUGACAAAACGAGGGCUGGCGGAAAGGACUGGAGCUAUCCAUGUAGGAGACCGGAUAUUAGCUAUUAAUAAUGUAAGCCUUAAGGGGAAGCCUCUGAGUGAAGCCAUUCAUCUACUCCAGAUGGCUGGAGAAACUGUAACUCUGAAGAUCAAGAAGCAAACAGAAAGGACUUACCCGAAACAGUCUGGGAGUAUAAAUGAAGUGAGCGACCCAGAAGAUGACCUGACUGAUUCCCAGAAAACUAGCAAACUCUCUGAGAUUUAUUCCACCACAAUCCCCAGUGUGGACAGUGCAAUGGAAUCCUGGGACGGUUCUGGCAUUGAUGCUGGUUAUGGAAGUCAGGUAGGUACAUACUUGCCGCAAGCUGUUGGCAUUGCGCUUCACCCACAUGAAUGGAGAUCCAGCAGGCAGAAGAACAGUACCCCUCCUGGUGAUCCCAGAAAGAGUUACCCCUUUAUGGAUGGCAGUUUCAGUGAAGAUGACUGGGAGAAGCCCAGCAGAUAUCCCAACCGCCAAAAUGGCCUUGAGACCGCACAUGAGGAUAAUUUUUGGCGUGUUUUUGGAGAAGCUUUGGAGGACUUGGAAACAUGCGGCCAGUCUGAGCUUUUGAGGGAGAUUGAGGCAUCCAUCAUGACAGGGAGUGUACACAAUCUAGACCUUGACGGGGGCAAGUUGCUUAUGAAUUCUGUCAACCAAUCAGGACUGAGUCCACCAAGGAAAGGGAACACCAAGAGCUCAGGCGAAGGGAAGGGCAAUGCCAAUGUCACUCCCACCAAGAAAAAUGGCAGGAAUUUGGAGAUUAAGAUGAUGAAGGAAGAGAUCCAAGAAAUCAUGUCUCCCACCCCUCUUGAGCUGCACAAGAUAACUAUUUAUAAGGAUCCAGAAACUGAAGACUUUGGAUUCAGUGUCUCAGAUGGCUUGCUGGAAAAAGGCGUCUAUGUGAAUAUGAUCCGCCCAGAUGGGCCAGCUGAUCAGUGUGGACUCAAGCCUUAUGACAGAGUCCUUCAGGUAAACCGCAUUCGAACCCGGGACUUUGACUGCUGCUUAGCUGUCCCUUUGAUAUCUGAAGCAGGAGACAAACUGGACCUGGUAAUCAGCCGGAAUCCCCUGGCCUUCACUGCCAAAGCCCAGCUCGAUGAGGAUUUGCCAGGCCGGCAGCCUCCUAGUGUGGAGGUCAAGGCAAACACACAGACGCUCUGAAUGCUGGGUGGGCUUGGCGUCAACGGCUCUUGAGGUCCUGUGGGGGUGGGGGCAAAGGGGUUGAUGGGUGUCUGUAACACUUUUUUCGGUUUUACUUUUGCACUGGUAUUGUGAUUACUCUGUGUAACGUAACUUGCCAUGAAGAAAUGGGUUUCCCUUUUGUCGCAUCUUGAAGCCAGUCAGCCUAGGCCUUGAAGGCCCGAGCUGAGACAGACGGAUGGUAAUGGUCCCGCUUUGGCCAACACGGUGGGUAGGAUGGGCUGCUGUUGCCACUGAAAGCAGGAAGCAGUGCCCAGCACAACUCACCUGGGAGAGAACAUCCUUUGCUCAUGGUAUGAGCUUCUCCAGCGAAUGGGGUCACAGGGCACCAGACCAUCAUCUUCGCCCCUGUCUUCGAAGGGCUUGGAUACAUGGUGCUAUUUUCUUGUUGUUUGCUUUGUUAAGUCAUGUACAGUGAAACUUAAAACACAACACACACA